GCGUCCUGCAGGGUAGUCGCGACCGGCAGGGGCGAGGGGCAGGGCUGCAGGACUUCUGACCCCCUGGGCCACCGCUGCGCGGACCGACGGGCUCGGGACCAGAGAGAAUGGUUGGUACCAUGUGGAAGGCGACUGUUUUGGUGGCUGUAUUCAUGUUCAGCCCUGGUGGUGAUGGGCUCUUUCCCUCCUUAUACAAAAAAGCUCGGGUUUCUGUACCACGUAAGGGAGACGUAGGAGAGCCAUUAUUUCUUACUCCCUACAUUGAAGCUGGGAGAUUGGAAGAAGGAAAAGGAAGGAGUAUGGUCCCUCCUUUCCCAGGAUCGAAUGUGAAGAGUUAUGCUGGCUACCUCACCGUGAAUAAGACCUACAACAGCAACCUUUUCUUCUGGUUCUUCCCGGCUCAGGUAGACCCCACGGUUGCUCCAGUGGCCCUCUGGCUGCAGGGAGGGCCCGGAGGUUCAUCCAUGUUUGGACUCUUUGUGGAACACGGACCUUAUUUUGUCACAAGUAACAUGACCUUGCAUCCCAGAGACUUCGCUUGGACCACCACACUUUCCAUGCUUUACAUUGAUAAUCCAGUGGGCACAGGCUUCAGUUUUACUGACGACCCCCAGGGAUAUGCAGUCAAUGAGAAUGAUGUGGCACGGAAUUUAUACAGUGCAUUAGUUCAGUUUUUCCUGUUGUUUCCUGAAUAUAAAGAAAAUGACUUUUAUGCCACUGGGGAGUCGUACGCAGGGAAGUACGUACCAGCCCUCGCACACUAUAUCCACACCCUCGGCCCCAUGGUGACAACGAAGAUCAACCUGAAAGGAAUUGCUCUUGGAGAUGCGUAUUCUGAUCCUGAAUCAAUCAUAGGGGGCUACGCCACAUUCCUGUACCAAAUUGGCUUGUUGGAUGAGAAGCAGAGAAAGUACUUCCAGAAGCAGUGUGAUGACUGCGUGAAAUACAUCAGGGAGAAGAGGUGGCUCCAAGCCUUUGAAGUACUGGAUAAACUGCUAGAUGGUGACCUAACAAAUAACCCUUCUUACUUCCAGAAUAUCACAGGAUGUCCUAGUUACUACAGCAUAUUACGGUGCGAGGAACCUGAGGACCAAAAUUACUAUGGGAAAUUUUUGUCCCUCCCACAAGUGAGGCAAGCCAUCCAUGUGGGAAACCGAACCUUUAGUGAUGGAUCCGAGGUUGAAAAGUACAUGCGAGAAGAUACAGUGAAGUCCGUUAAGCUCUGGUUAGCUGAACUCAUGAACAAUUACAAGGUUCUGAUCUACAAUGGCCAGCUGGACAUCAUUGUGGCAGCUUCCCUGACCGAGCGCUCUCUGAGAGCCAUGAAGUGGAAGGGGUCCCAGAAAUACAAGCAGGCAGAAAGAAAAGUUUGGAAGAUCUUUAAAUCCGAUAACGAAGUGGCUGGUUAUGUGCGGCAGGUGGAUGACUUCUAUCAGAUGAGGUCGUGCCCCUCAUCGAUACAGAGAGACUGGUUGAGUUUCCACAGCCACUGGCAGGCCAGUCCAGAUGCAAACCCGGGUGUCUCUCCUUCAACUCCAUCCUCUCUCCAUGCAAGAGACAUACUGCCUCCUGAUCCCCAACUUCUUUCUCAACUGGAUAUGACAGUCAGAGAUGCAACAGUGACCUUGAAGCCCCAAGUGCCACUGGUCUUCGUGAUGAGCUGUCUCCCCCACUCUGCCCGAAGCUGCCCAGGGCAGAAAACAAGCCCGCACUAGAGCAGGUGAAGAUGA